AUGGAUAUUCUAGAACUUAUUCAUACAGAAUUGUAUAAUGGCGAAACUCGUCCUUUUUGUUGUAAUUGGGAAGGUUGUAACAAGGCUUUUUCUAGGAGAUCAGAUCUUGCAAGACAUGAAAGGAUUCAUACUAAUGAACGAACCCAUUCGGGUGAAAGACCACAUGUUUGUGAAAAUCCAGACUGUAAAAAAUCAUUUAGUGACAGUAGUUCAUUGGCUCGUCAUAGAAGAAUACAUACCGGUAAACGUCCUUAUAAAUGUGAACUUGAAGGAUGUGGUAAAAGUACCAUUAAUAGUGGUCCUACAACACCUAUCUUUGGAUCAAAUAAUUUAAUAUAUUCUCCGUCAACACCACCAUUAAUAUCAUCAUCAUCCCCGCCAACGUCUUCUUCCACUCCGUUAUUAUUAUCACCACCUACACCAUCAAAAAAUUUUUAUUGCUAUUUUCAUAAUAAUUAUAGCGAUUCUAAUAAUUCCAAUACUUGCUCUGACGACAAUUCAACUCAACAAUAUCAUCAAAACUACAACAAUAAUGUUAAUAAUGUUAAUCAAUAUUCACAUCAUCAGUAUCAAAAAAUAACUGAAGAAAAAAUCAUGUGUAAAGGCUUACGUUAUUCACCAUGCGAAUCUUUUUUUAAUAAUCAUACUACGAUUAAUAAUUAUAUCAACAAUAAUAAUAACCAACGAAAAUUCACUUUUCCAGAUAAUUUUAACAAUUUGCAUAAUCAUUAUAAUCAUCAAAAUAAUUAUUACAAAAAUUAUCGCGGUAAUGAUUUACAAAGAAAUUAUCAACAGUAUGAAAAUCAUGAACAAGAAAGAAACAUAUCAUUUAAUAAUCAUCAUUAUGAAAAUAAUUUCUUUAAUUCAAAACCACUUCAAAUUACUACCUAUUUUAUCGAAAAUUAUUAA